CGCCCGCAACGCCCUUGCGCGCCGGCUCGGAGUUAUUUCUAGCCAGGCGGCAGAACUGCGGUCUGCUGCUGCAGGCUCUCGGGCCAACGCCACUCCAAAACGAACUGGGCCGCCAUCCUCUCGCCAUGGGCUCCUGGCCGCGCGGGGCGCUGAGCCUGCUGCUUCUGCUGCUAGCGCCACCCAGCCGCCCAACCGCUGGCUGCCCCGCGCCCUGCAGCUGCUCGGGGACGCUCGUGGACUGUGGGCGCCGUGGGCUGACCUGGGCCUCGCUGCCGGCCGCCUUCCCCUCCGACACCACCGAACUGGUGCUGACCGGCAACAACCUGACGGCGCUGCCUCCCGGGCUUCUGGAUGCUCUGCCGGCGCUGCACACGGCGCACCUGGGCGCCAACCCCUGGCGCUGCGACUGCCGCUUGUUGCCGCUGCGCGCCUGGCUGGCCGGCCGCCCGGAGCGCGCGCCCUACCGCGACCUGCGCUGCGUCGCGCCCCCGGCGCUGAGCGGCCGCUUGCUCCCCUACGUGGCGGAGGAAGAGCUGCGGGCCGCCUGCGCGCCCGGCCUGCUCUGCUGGGGAGCUCUGGUGGCGCAGCUCGCGCUGCUGGUCCUCGGGCUCCUCCACGCGCUGCUGCUGGCGCUCCUGCUGGGUCGCCUGCGGAGGCUGCGCACGCACGCGCGCGCGCGCGCCAUCCGCGAGUUGUCGCUCACAGCCCCGCUGGUGGCCGAGCGGGUCGGAAGCGGUGCCUCCUAAGAAAGGACAGGCGCUGGACGACAACGGCCUGCAAACUUCCCAGGUCCCUGUAGGCGUACCCUCGCCUUCACCUGGAUUGACCUUGGCCUCUGCCCUUUCCCAGUCUCCCAGACCCGAGCUCAGCAGGUGGUGAAUCCACCGUGGGGUUGGCUAUGUGCUGCCAGCACUUCCAGAGUGAAGACUACCUGAGUCUUCAGAGCCUAGGGAGGCAGAGCGGUCCAACUCGACAUUCUGCAGUCUCCACCUGCCAGACUCCCGCACUGAAUAAACCUUUCUCCUCAUCUGGCA